UUUGGGAUUAUAAACAAGGGAAAGAGGGAGUGGACAGAGAGAUAUGGGUGUGCCUAUUUUCUCUUCUACUUGUAUAACAUCACCAAACCAACCUUCACUUUCACUUUCAUCUUCAACUCCUUUUCUUUCUCCUUCUCAUUCUAGACGCAAAAGGAAGAAAUUGCAUACUUUUUGAUAUUACAACCUCUUUUAGUUUUUUUUUUUUUUAUAUUUAUUUGUUUCAUUUUCUAAAUUAUCCUAGCAUUUGAUUUUUGCCAAAAAGAUAAGUUUUUGACAUCUGGGUUGGAUUUGGAUUUGCAUAGAAGAUCAUUGAAAUGAUUUGGGGACCUUCGGAUUUGUGUUUGAUCACUGGCUUCAUUGGCUUAUGCAUUGAUUCUUCUGGAGAUCAUGAGCUAUAUGCGCCGGUGUGGAGGUCAGAAGAUCUGUUCUAGUCGUGAUUUCUGGAUAUUUAGAAUGUACUUGGGUUUCUCUAUGCAUCCUUUUAAGGGAGUGAGAGUUGAAAUGUUAGAAAUGUGGAUGCCUGUGGUAGAUACAUAGUAUUAGCUUCACUCUGGAUUAGUGAACCACUGCUGUAGGACUCAUGUUCAUGAUUGUAGCAGAAAUUGUGGGGUAUGUUUAUUUUUAGGUAGCUUUGAUAUUGAUAGGAUUUGGAGCAACAAUUUAAUAUGUUCAUUAGAUUGAAUAUGAUAGGUCCCUUGUUGAUUAGAAAAUUGAAUGGAUAGUAGUGAAUUCAUACAAGUAGUCUAGGUGAACAAAAACUAAAAUUGCAGCCAAGUCAAAAAAAAAAAAGGAAAAAGAAAAAAAAAAAAAAAGUCAUAGAGAACUUCUCAAAAACAGGAUACACGGUAGUUUUUGCAAAUAUUGGUCAUGGGCUUGCCACAAGUCACCUCGAGUGAAACUGUUGAGGAAGUAGAAGCAGCAUCAUUGAGAACAUUUUUGCAGAGCUCACCUCAAUUUGCUAAUGUGAGCACAUGUGAUGUGGAUGGGAUGCACAGUGAAAGUAUGAGCCCAUUAGCUGCGAAUCCACUAUGCUCGUCUAUUGGAGAUUUCCAGAGAAAAACCUGCUUGGAGCGUUCCAAGGUUCAUGAUGAUUCAUUAAAGUUUAGAGGGGCAAUGGAAGUUACUUCCAAUGUUCAUGGUUUGAAAAUUGGUUCUGUUGAUAAAGGUACUCCUAAAAGUGGUCGUAACGUUCAGAACCCUGUUUCUAGGAUUGUGGGUUUCAAAUCAGUUGGAAUAAGUUCUCCAACUGAUGGAUUCAAGGGGGUUUCAUCUGGUCAUGUUCAAUCUUCUUCUGGGAUUAAUUUCAGAGUCAAUGAAACUGAGUCCAGUGGAUCACUAGUCAGGAAGCGUUUGUUGUCACCAUUGAGUAGCAUGCUUUCUCCAGCCCAAUUUAGUGGUGAUCCUCUAGACAUUGGGCGCAGAAGCGUUCAUGAAGAUUCAACUUCCCUGACCAAUAAUUUAAGCAUUUCUGUUGCAAAAGAUAAUAAGAAGGCAAAUGUUGGUAGCAAUCGCCAUUUUACCUUGCCAGCCUGGUCUUUGUCUAGUUGCUUGGAACAAAAGAACAUACUAUAUGAUGGUGUUAGAACAUCCAAGUUAUUCGUUGAUGGCCCUUUGCUGGAUAAUAGUUGUUUGUCUUCACCUGAACUUGAUCAUUUCAGAGAAUCAAGUGAGGUAAGGUCUCAAAGUGGGGCAAUAUUAAUAUCUCCCAAAAAGGCCAUCUCACCUCCACAUUCUUUGUCACCUCUUGGUCCAAAGUUUUCUGAAAGAAUGAAAACUGCAGGAGGAUGCAGGACUACCAAGAACGAGAUGGUGGGUUGUCCUUUAACUUUAAGAGAUACAAAACGAUCACUUGAGAGAUCUGACAGAAGCAUUGUCUUUGCCCCUGAAGAAGAGGAUCAUAUGAUUGCAAGCAAAUCAUUUGAAGACGUUGACAUUUUGCACAAAGAGUUCUGUCCAUCUUCCGUGGAAAGUAAUACUGACAUAAGUUGGCCUUUCUCCCAAGAGUCAGCCCCAGCCUCCAAAUGCGUGAGAUUCAUUAAAAGUCUAAGUGGACUUCCCAUUAGGAGGUCCCUGGUUGGUUCAUUUGAGGAAUCUCUAUUUUCUGGCCGGUUCUUAUCCGGAAAACUCUGUCAGAGAAUUGAUGGUUUUCUAGCUGUACUAAACAUUACUGGAGGGAACUUUUCACCACAGUCACAGAAGCUUCCAUUUUCAGUAACCAGUGUAGAUGGAGAUUGCUACUUGCUGUAUUAUGCAUCCUUAGAUCUUGCAGGAAAGUCAUCAUCAAACAUGUGCAGAGACCAAAAAUUGAGACGAUGCCUUAGCAUUGAUGAUACACAAACUAUCAAGAGUCGCCUGCGCAUCCCUAUGAAAGGACGCAUACAACUGGUACUCAGCAAUCCAGAAAAGACACCUCUUCACACUUUCCUUUGCAACUAUGAUUUGAGUGACAUGCCUGCUGGAACAAAAACAUUCUUGCGUCAGAAGGUCACCCUAGCUUCAUCUAGCCCAAAUUCUACAAAUUUGAAGCAAGGGCAUAUAGAUAUGGACGGUAAAGUAACAGGCAAGGGGGCUUCAACCUUACAGAAAAGUAAUCCCAUACAGUUUAGCAAGGAAGUAAUGAAUACAGAUGGAGUUGACAUUGUACAUAAAGUGAUAUCCAUAGAUCAGAAAAAUGAAAUUAGUGGAAGUGAAGACUCUAGAUUAGUUACUUCAACAGAUAAAGAGGAGCCGUCCAAUCAAUCCCCACAUAUGGACAGUUGCUGUGUGGGUAAAGGCCAUGAAACAAUCAGGAACUCACAUGGUAGUCUAAAGGUCAAUGAUAGUACUACUGGUGCUGGUGCUCUUCGUUAUGCUCUUCAUCUCCGUUUUUUAUGCCCAUUCCCUAAACAAAGUUCUAGGUCAAUUCAGAGAUGCAAAUCUGAUCCUCUUUCUGUACCAAAAAAUAAAAGCUUAGACAUGAAUGGGGAGCGGAGAUUCUACUUAUACAAUGACUUAAGGGUUGUGUUCCCCCAACGGCAUUCAGACGCUGAUGAGGGCAAGUUGAACGUGGAAUACCAUUUUCCAGAAGAUCCGAGAUACUUCGACAUCAACUGAAUUGUCUAAUUAACCACACAAAAAGCAAAGCCUCCUUGCUGUGUACAUAGAAGUCAAGACACUUAUUACUCAUCUCAUUUCAAAAUGCCACUAAACCUGUUUUAACUGUAAAGAAUUAGGUUCUCAAUAAUUUGAAGGGUUAAUUGAAAUAUUCGCUUAUCUGAAAGAA